AUGAAACUAAAUUUAAUCAGGAGAGCGUUUUCUGCUUCAGCAACUGCCUCUUCGCAAGGCUCUACAAAUUAAAUCCAGAGAUAGUUCUCAAAAAUGCUGACAUAUAAUGUUUAAUCCAAGGAUUAUCUCUUGGUAGAUGUGAAUAACAUAGAGGAACUUCUAGCUUAGAAAAAAGUAUACUUAAUACGAGAUUUCCCUCAAUACAGAAAAAAAUCGGAGAAUCCCCUUACUGUAGAUGAUUAGGUCUAUUUUUAAGGAGAUCUAAUUGAGUAUAACAACAAAGCUAACUAAUAGUAAUAUGGUACUUAGGUGUUCAAUAACAUUUAUAACAUAAAAACGGAAUUCUAAUUAGAUGAAUUAGUUGGAGUUCUACAAACUGAUAACCCUUUAAUGUCAAAUAUGUAAACACCUAUAGUGCAUCAAGCUAAAAUAUUUAUGACUGAAUUUGAAACUAGAGAUCAGCUUAAGGUUCUUUUCAUGACACAGGAAUAGAUAAGUGAAGUGUUCAAUAAUGGAUUAGCCAGAGAGGUUCUAAGUAUCAAAUCAUUGUAAGAUGAAAACUUCCAUUAAAAAUACUUCAAAAAUGAACCUUAAAAUGGAAAAAUCUUUGCUAAGAUAGGAUUUAACCUUAUGAUUUUUGCAACAAUAUCUGUAGUCAAUCUAUAUAUUUUCAAAAACAUGUUUAAUUUGGAAUAGAAAACACAGGAUGGGUAUGGACUUAUAUCUCAAAAGAUUGCUAAUAAGCUUUCAUCUAAAUGA